GGCUGCUCUGCCAUUCCCCGCACAAAGCCAGGCAAAGGCAGUGCGGGCCGACGCGACGCCUCCCCUCCACAGCUGGAGCCGCCGUACUUUUUAAUCUUCUCACCCGCGUCCUCCGCUCUCGUCUCUCGUCGUCCCUCCCGGCUACCGGGUUUGAAGUCUCAGCUCCCAGUUACUUCCUCCUCUUCCUCUUCCGUCCGCUCCACCGCGCCGCGCCGCGCGCAGGCUGCUCGAUCGCUGGCUCGCUGCCCACCUACCGUACCAGCCCACCUACCGCCUCUCUAAAUCCACCGUGCAAUCGAGCCCGCGUCGCGCUGCCGCUCCCAAAUCCCGAAGCCGCUGGACGCGCCGCUCCUCCUUCCAGUUCCACCGAAGCGAAGCAGCCCAACCUCGGACUCUCCGCCGCCGCGUUCUCCUCCUUCGGCACUGCCCUCUGCUGGAUUGGCGUGGAGCGGGGAGGAGAUCCACCUUGACUUUAUCUUCUCCUGUUGCUUAUGUUAGCAUGCAAAAGAUGGUGCGCAUGGGAUUCAAAUGAGGGACUACACCGUCCGAGCAAUGGAUGAAGCACCAACUAGUUCUGGGCAAUCUGAAGCUACUUCAUGUGAACCUAGUUGGUGGCCGCCAGACCUCUUGGACAAGAUAGAAUCUGUUGCCAUAUCAAGAAAACAAGAAGUUUUGGUUGAUAAAGAAUCCCGAAUCAUUUUGGCUAAUUCAAGGUCCUCGUCCUGGAAGGCUUCUCAAUUACUGUGGUCAACAGGAACUUAUUCAGGGUUUAUACCCAAUGGUUUCUAUUCAAUCAUUCCGGAUAAAAAGCUGAAGGAGUGUUUCCCAACAAUACCAUCACUGAAUGAGCUUCAAACUCUCGAAGCAGAUGGGCUUAGGACUGACAUAAUUGUUGUAGACGCUGAGAAGGAUAAGAAGAUUUUCAUGUUAAAGCAGCUUAGUGCUGCGCUUGUGAAAGGAUUGAACUCUAGUCCAGCUUUAGUGAUAAAGAAGAUAGCAGGUUUGGUUUUUGACUGCUUCAAGGGUCAAAACCCUGAUGUUAGUCCAGGAAGAGCUGCAACCGAAGAUACUCAUUUCUUUGGAAAUAAAGGACCACAACUUCUUGGACAGAUAAGGCAUGGAUCAUGCCGACCCCGAGCUAUCCUAUUUAAAGUUCUUGCAGAUGCUGUUGGCCUUGAGAGUAAACUUGUGGUGGGUCUACCUGAUGACGGUGCAGAUGGAUUUGUCGAUUCGUACAAACAUAUGUCUGUGGUAGUUCCUCUGAAUUCUAUGGAGCUGCUGGUUGAUCUUAUGCGAUUUCCAGGCCAGUUGAUUCCUUUUUCAGCCAAGGCUAUCUUUACUUCGCAUAUCUCUGCUGCGGGUGAGAGUGAUUCAGCUGAAAAUGACUCAUGUGAUUCCCCCCUUGAGCCCAAUAGCCCUCUGUAUGGAUUAUCUGAUAAAGUUGAAGCUGAAGGAAUUGAAGCUUCAUCAAAUCUAUCUGGACGUUCAUUGCGUAAUACGAUGUUGAGAUCAAGAACGUUUUCAGAGGGGAAAUUAAGCACAUCAUGUAGUGAGCCCAAUAUCGCAAAUGCAUUUUGGAGGCGAAGCCAGAGGAAAGGAGUUGCUGAAGAACCUCGUUGUGCUAGUUCAAGUCCUGAGCAUCCAUUAAUGAGGGCAAAGGGAAGAUCUAUACUUAGUGGUGAGAGGCAAUCAUUUCAAGAAUACACUGAUGGAGUUACAUCAAGAUCAGAUGAUCCAGGUGGCACUACUAUACCUACCCCUCGAAGAAUUAGAAGAAGAAGCAUUAGCAUCACACCGGAGAUUGGAGAUGAUAUCGUGAGGGCAGUUCGGGCUAUGAAUGAAACAUUAAAGCAGAAUCGCCUCCAAAGGGAUCAUGUUAAUGAUGGUUCAUGCUCAUAUAUUAGUGAGGACACAAGCAAUGCACAUGACUGCCCAAACAAAGAUGAUAAAUCUGGUCGAGAUGUUGCUACCAAUAAUGGCUUGAGAAACCGAACCUGUUCUACUCAGAAAGCUAUGUCAUUGCCUACUUCUCCUCAUGACUAUGAGGGUGGAAUUUCUGAAACAAGUGAUAAUUGUGAUUUUAUAAGCAAAGAAAAGAUGGUAUUCGCAUGGAACAAGGUUUUGCAAAGCUCCCCAUUUAAUAAACCUUUAUUGCCUUUUCAAGAGUGGAACAUAGAUUUCUCUGAGCUGACAAUUGGUACGCGGGUUGGAAUAGGAUUCUUUGGAGAGGUUUUCCGUGGUAUAUGGAAUGGCACUGAUGUCGCCAUCAAAGUAUUUCUAGAGCAGGAUCUGACAACUGAAAACAUGGAAGAUUUUUGCAAUGAGAUAUACAUCCUGAGCCGGCUGCGACAUCCAAAUGUUAUAUUGUUUCUUGGGGCAUGCAUGGUACCUCCACACCUAUCAAUGGUUACUGAAUAUAUGGAAAUGGGAUCACUGUACUAUCUCAUCCAUAUGAGUGGUCAGAAAAAGAAGCUCAGUUGGCGUAGGAGACUGAAGAUUAUUCGUGAUAUAUGCAGGGGAUUGAUGUGCAUACACCGGAUGAAGAUAGUUCACAGAGACCUGAAAAGUGCUAACUGCCUGGUGAAUAAGCAUUGGACUGUCAAGAUAUGUGACUUCGGUCUUUCUCGAGCGAUGACAGAUAGUCCUAUGACGGAUAACUCCUCUGCUGGCACACCAGAAUGGAUGGCCCCUGAGCUAAUAAGGAAUGAACCCUUCUCAGAGAAAUGUGACAUUUUCAGCCUUGGUGUGAUAAUGUGGGAGCUGUGCACAUUGAGUCGCCCAUGGGAUGGGAUCUCCCCAGUUCAAGUGGUAUACGCAGUUGCUAAUGAAGGGUCACGGCUUGAAAUACCUGAAGGACCUCUUGGCAAGUUAAUUGCAGAUUGCUGGGCAGAACCCCAAGAUCGGCCGAGCUGCCAGGAAAUACUUACCCGCUUGCUCGACUGUGAAUACUCUACCAGCUGAGAUAAAACUGACAAAACUAGUUCGCUCCCCGCCACCCAGUGCGUUCAGAGGUGGGACAGUUUCUUGUAUAAAACUUGUAAAAAUAUAGCCUCUUAAUCUUGCAGACCGGCUUGAACUUGUAUACUUUGGCUGCAUAUCGGCGAUCGUUUCUUUCAAAAUUGUAAAGAAAAAACAUGUUUCUCCAUUUAUAGAAGAAUAUCGAAGGAUUGCCAGGUAGUGCGUCCACAGAUC